AACUUUUUAACACCAUUAAAUCUUUUUACAGAAUAAUAAAUUACUCAAAGAAAUAGAAAAAAACUAUCAACACCAUUUGUAAAAUAUAAAUUUAUAGAUUAAGGAAAAGAGUGAAAAGUUGCAAAAGAUGGCAUUUAUUGAUCAAAGUAAAGCAAAAGAUUCUGUUUCGAUAAUGGGUAUUAAAUCUUCAUACUUGUCUGCGUGCUUUCUUAUUUCUGUCGUAAGCAAUACCAUGGUUAUCAUUGCUAUUUUAAAGACCAGAAAACUCCAGACAGCAUCAAAUUUAUUUGUUCUUAACCUUGCUGUGUCUGAUCUGUUGUUUACUAUAUGUGGUAUACCUACUAUUAUUAUGACUACAAUAGCAAAAAAAUGGCUGCUCGGAGAAUUUGUUUGCGACGCAGUUGGUUUCUUAAAUUCAUUAUUUUGUACAACAUCGAUAUGGACUCUGGUAAUGAUCAGCAUCAAUAGAUACUUUAACGUAGCCAAAGCUAAAAAUGUAAAAACAAUGUAUACUCAAAGAAGAGUUCUUAUAAUCAACGCUGCUGUAUGGAUGUUUUCUGUCUUUUCUUCAAUACCUCCGCUACUUGGAUGGGGAGAGUUUAAAGCUGGGACAAAUUUUUGCACAAUUAACGGAAAGAAAUCUAUAUCUUAUUCUUUUUUUUUGGGCUUAAUAGUCUAUUUGGUUCCAUUUAUUUUUUUGUCUGGCUUGUAUACAUGCAUUUUUUUCAUUUUACAUAGACACCAAAAAAACAAGAAAAAAAAUAAAAUUAGCGUUACGUCGGAAACUACGUCUGCUAACGAUAUUGAAUUAGAUUUAAAUACUUCAAUUUUACAAAUGCCGGUAAGGUUUACAGCGCACACAAUUCAUGAUUAUUUUAGAGAAUUUUUUACUCAAAAGCGAUGCUGUGUAGCUCCAGUAGCAAUAAUUAAAAUGGAUCAUAUAAAAAGAAAGGUUGGUGCACGUUGUUCAACAAAACAACUUGAUAAAACACUAGUUCGAGUUAUUAAAAAUUAUGUUAAAGAAGUACGACUGACGAAAGUAAUGAUGCUACUUGUAAUUUCUUUUUUCGUUUGUUGGACUCCUGCUGUCAUAGGAAUGCUUUUUUAUUCUUUGAACAUCAAAUGCAAAAACUUUGAUACUGUUACAUUUGGUAUCAUGUGCGCAUGCUUAAAUGUUGUACUUAACCCAAUCAUUUACGCAGUUCUGAAUAGUAGACUGAGAAAACGUAUGGUAGAAAUGUUAAAAAUUUUUCUGUUUUUUUCCGCCCAAAAAAUACGAUAAUAAAAAAACUAGUCUUCUGAAAAACCAUAAAGGUUUAAAAUAAAACAACGACAUAUUUAAAGAUUUGCUUUCAGCGAGGACAUAGGAAGAAUAAUUUCAAUAAAAAAAGGGCAUUUCAACUGUUAUUCAAACAUUGGAAAACUUUAAAGUCUAAAAUAAAAUUAUCUGGUUUGAAUAUCUGGAAA